AUGAGCCUGCCACUAAAACUAAUACAAAGAAGAGGACUAGGCGGGACUCUGCCACUAUCCCGCGGCCGCCAUUGCCGAAACCUACAAACCUCCACCUCCUCAGCCUCGAACCGAGGGGAUCGUCCCUUUCGCCUCGCCGUGAUCGGUGCAGGCCCCGCAGGAUUCUACACAGCUUACCGGGUUCUCAGCAAGCUCUACAAUGCCAAAGUCGACAUGUACGAGUCUCUCCCAGUGCCAUACGGGCUUGUGCGAUUCGGCGUAGCUCCCGACCAUCCAGAAGUCAAGAACUGUCAAGACAAAUUUAACGAAGUCGCUCAAGAUCCGCGCUUCACCUAUAUCGGUAACCUCCCCAUCGGGACUUCGUGGCCGCAUCCACCACACCGUUCACUCCCGCUCACCACGCUGGCCCCACACUAUGACGCCCUCCUCCUUUCAUAUGGCGCCAGCAAGGACCGUGAGCUUGGUAUCCCCGGUGAAAACUCGCUCUCGGGUGUCUUCUCGGCGCGCGCGUUCGUUGGCUGGUACAACGGCCUGCCAGAGUACCGGUCGUUGAACCCCCGGCUAGACUCCUUCGGCGACGAAGCCGUCAUCAUAGGGCAAGGGAAUGUUGCGCUAGACGUAGCCCGUAUUCUCGUCAUGGGCCUUGAGGAGCUACGCAAGACGGACAUCACUGAGUAUGCGCUCGAGGCGCUGAGUAGAAGCCGAGUGCGGCGUGUACGGGUCGUGGGACGACGUGGGCCACUCCAGGCGUCGUUCACGGUGAAGGAGCUGCGGGAGUUACUCUUACUACCCGGUGUUGGAUUCCCGCCUGUGAACUCAGAGUUGCUCCCAACGGACACGGCAGGGCUCCAAAGGGCACCGAAGCGCAUGUUACAGGUGCUGCAGAAAGGUCCGCGUACCCCACUCGAGGCUGCUUCUAAGUCGUGGGAGCUGGGCUUUCUGCGCUCUCCAAAGGCGUUUCUAUCAUCGGUAGCGGACCCAACAAGGCUAGGAGAGGUUCUGUUUGAUAAGAUGCAGCUCGAAGAGCCUUUUAGUCCCACGAGCCGGGUGACACAGACGGGCGAAACAGAGACAAUACAGACAGGGCUCGCAUUCCGCAGUAUCGGGUAUCUGAGUGAGCCGAUACCGGGUUUCGAAGACCUAGACAUCCCAUUCAAUGGUGCACGUGGACUUGUGCCGAACGAAGACGGCCGUGUGGUGCACCCGCUGGAUCCAGCGACGGGAGAACCUGGGGUCCCAGUUCCAGGCGUUUACACCAGCGGAUGGGUGAAGCGCGGACCGACGGGCGUUAUUGCUACCACCAUGUAUGAUGCUUUCGACACGGGUGAUGUUAUGGUGAGUGAUUGGGUUACGGGCGAAAAGGAAUUCCUGCAAUUCGGCGGGCUCGAGAAGAGGGCUGGCUGGGAUGUAGUGAAGGGUGAGGUUGGGAGACUGGGGCUCAGACCGGUUAAUUGGGAACAGUGGUGUAAGAUCGAUGAAGCGGAGAAGGAGAGGGGUAGGAAGAUGGGAAAGGAGAGAGAGAAGUUUGCGAGUGAGGAAGAGAUGUUGAGUGUGUUGAACUAA